AUGGACAUGGACUGGUACUCCUGGCUAUCAAAAACCGGAAUGGAGCCAACUCUUGUUUAUGAAUACAGCCUCAUUCUCUCUCGCAACGAGCUAGAAGAAGACGAUAUAGCCCACUUCAACCAUGAAUUCCUCCAGAGCAUGGGCAUCUCCAUAGCCAAACACAGGCUUCAGAUUCUCAAGCAUGCUAGGAAAGUGACAUCACCAAGCAGAGCUCGACCGAUAUCAAAGAUCCUUGUUGCCAUCAAGCAAACAAAGAGGUGUUUGGCUAAGUACAUUCCCACUUUUUCUCGUCAAAAAGAGUCAGCUCUUGUUAUAGUUCCUAGAGAAAUGAGAUGCAAAAGUGCUAUGGCAAAGAGGAGCAAGAGCUUAGUCAUGUCCAGGCAAGGAAGAUCUUUGCUCAAAAAAGGUAAGGUUACGAGCUUUUCGGGUCCAAUAGUAGUUCAUGAUCACUAUAAAAGUUAUGUUGAUGAUGAUGGAUCCUAUUCUACUAGUAGUGUUGAAGAGGCAGGGUGGGAUACUAUGUUCCGAAAUCUAAAACCCAAUUGA